UGGUGGUGGUAAACAGAAGUUUUCUGGAAGGUCUCCCUGCAGCUGCCCACUGGACCUUCCCUGGACUCAGGGCCGAGAAGGAAUUGGCAUUAUGGAUGGGCAUGGGAGGCCUUCCACAUCCAACACCUGCCCUAGGCUUCCUUCUUGCCUCCGUCUUUUCAUCAAAUUUGCCUGAUCUUUGAGCUCACCUAAUUAUGUACCAAAUGGGCACUGUGGGGGAACACAGAUGCACAGAGUACACAGCAACCCAAAGGCUCAAGGCCAGGAGCGGAGGUCAGGGCCCAGAGCAGUGAGUGUCUGAGGGAGGAAGGGGGAUGAGCCAGGCAGAACUGCACCUACUCCUGACUCCCUAGCCUCCAGUGGAGGGGCUCCUCCUGCUGCCAACAGUGAGAUUCUCAGAUGCUGCUGCCUUCUAGUGGCAAGUGGUUGCCUUGCACCUCAGAGACCACGUGAUUUCUGGGAAAAGGACUUCACUGGAGGAGAACUGAAACUUAGGGUGGGGACUGUAUACAGUGAAAGGGGCGGAGAGAUUACGAAGCCGAAGCUGCCUAGCCGGAAGCUGAGCUGAGGGCCACUGAGUGCUGGGACAGCCUGCACAGCCAGCUCAGGUAAGAUCAGCCAAAGGUGGCGGUCAUCCAGGAGUCUGGGGCCGGAAGCCCAGCCAGGUUGGAGGUGAGGGGCUGGGGCAGCAGAGCCCCUGUGCUAGGCUGGGGAAUAGGGAGAAGGCCUGUGAGCCAAGAAGCAGUAAGUUUGGCCUGAGGCGAGAGACUGGCUAGAGACCAGCUUCCCAGGCCUUAUUGGCAGAAGACAGGAGGACCUGCUACAGGAUUGUUCCGGGAGAAACACUCUUUGCUCCAAGUCUCUGUUCACCAUGUUUUGUUUGUCUUGCCUUCUGGCCCUGCCCAUUUCCGCUGCAGCUCCACCCCUGCCUCCAGCUCCCUGCCCUACCUAUCCAUAGGGCAGUCUAAGAAGGAGGGGUCAGGUUGUGGGGUCUGUGGGUGAAGAGUGUUUGUUGAUGGGGCAUCUCAAAAGCAGAUAUUGCCUCUGCAGAUGUUUGGGUGUCUAGACAGUGCCUCUCACCAGGAUCAGAACACUAAGGGACUUUUUUUCUCUCCCAAAUAAAGUCCUGAAAAGUCUUAAAAUUUAAACCAGUACUUAAGAUUUGCUUCCUGAUGUCACUGCUUGGGAUAUUAAAAGGAAUGUAUAUUUUGUAAUUGCUAGUGGUGGCAGAAACAAAACAAUUCUGCUUUAGAGAGUUUUGAGAUGUAUCCAGAUCCGAAAGAAGAUGGAUGGGUGCUUGUAGGGUCUCUGGGAGCCCUUGGCAGAAUCCGGCCCCAGUGGCCAGGAUCUUAGCAGAUGUUCCCUCCCACAGUGUCCGUUCUGCUGAUGCUUCCAGCUCUUCUUGUUCUCCAGGAUGGCAUCAGGCAGGGCACGCUGCACCCGAAAGCUUCGGAACUGGGUGGUGGAGCAGGUGGAGAGCGGGAAGUUUCCUGGGGUCUGCUGGGAUGAUAAAGCUAAAACCAUGUUCCGGAUUCCCUGGAAGCAUGCAGGCAAGCAGGACUUCCGGGAGGACCAGGAUGCUGCCUUCUUCAAGGCCUGGGCGAUAUUCAAGGGAAAGUACAAGGAGGGAAACUCAGAAGGCCCUGCCACCUGGAAGACUCGCCUGCGCUGUGCCCUCAACAAGAGUCCUGAAUUUCAGGAGGUCCCUGAGAAUGGCCAUAUGGAAGGGGCUGAGCCCUACAAGGUGUAUCGGUUGCUGCCACCAGGAACCCUCCCUGCCCAGCCAGGCACCCAGAAAUCACCAUCAAAGCGACACCACAGUUAUGAGUCCUCUGACAGGGAGGAGGAUGAGGGUCCCGUGAAGAGCCGUGCACUCAGCCCCUUGUCGCUCCAGGACCCCUUCAAUAAUGAGAGGGGAGCCAGUUGGGGAGCAAACCAUUCAGACACUGGGAGCAGCAACAGCAACAGCCCUAAGCCUCAGGAAGGUGCAGGCACAACUGAGGCCCCCUUUGAAGAGGAUCAGGUGUCCCUGGAACUUCUGCUUCCUCCAGACUCAGACUACUCGCUGCUGCUCACCUUCAUCUACAGCGGGCGUGUGGUUGGGGAGACCCAGGUGCACGGCCUCGACUGCCGCCUUGUGGCUGAGCCCUCGGGCUCCCAGGUCGGCAUGGAGCAAGUGGUUUUCCCCAAGCCUGACCCACUGGAGCCCACACAGCGCCUGCUGAGCCAGCUCAAGAGGGGCAUCCUGGUGGCCAGCAACCCCCAAGGCCUCUUCGUGCAGCGCCUCUGCCCCAUCCCCAUCUCCUGGGAUGCACCCCAGACCCCACCUGGUCCAGGCCCACAUCUGCUGCCCAGUAAUGAGUGCGUGGAGCUCUUCAAAACAGCCUACUUCUGCAGAGACUUCAUCAGGUAUAUCCAGGGCUUGGGCCCCCUGCCCAAGUUCCAAGUUACCUUGAAUUUCUGGGAGGAGAGUCCUGACCCUGGCCACACCCCACAGAGUCUUAUUACAGUGCAGAUGGAGCAGGCCUUUGCACGACAUUUACUGAAACAGGCAGCCACUCCGUCCCCGAGCCUGGAGGACCCCCCUGCCUCCUCACCUCUUUUCCUCCUCUCUCCUUUAAAUAGAGACAUUCUCCACACUGGUGACUUGCCCUCCUCUGUGAUAAUUCUCAGUGAUUGUGUGUGAUAGUUUCAUCCUUGAACUGUUCAUGCACCCUGGGUAGUAGGAAACUCAAGGAUGAUUUUACCCUCCUUUCCCCCCACCCCUUUUUUUUUUCAAUUUUGGGAUAUACCUUCUUUCAUCUCUAAAGAACUGGGAAAAUCCAAAUGGCUGAAACUCAGGAGACCUUUCCCUCUUCCCCUGCACCCCAACUCUAAAGUCAAGCACUUUAUAUUUGCUUCCUAGAACUUUAUUAAGCAUUUUAAAUAAACUUUUCUUGAAAGAGGAAUCAGUAUCUGAUUGGCUGAGAGAAGAAGGUAGCAGGGUCAAAGGUAGAUGGCACAGAUGGAAACUGGGGAGCUGGGCACUUGGGUUCUCUUGCUACUGACAUCUUCUGGCCCGUCUCCUCUCCUCUGUCCCCAACUUCUGGCUGGCAAACUGUCUGGGCUAUGUGGGCUCUGGACCCUCAACCAGAAUCAGGGGAAGGGUUGGGGUCAAUCACCAAGAGGGGCACUGAGACUAUAGAUGGACACUACAACCACCUACUUCACAGAGGAAAAUUUGCACUCCACCAUUCUUUGCUAGAGGCCUUUGGUUGGGACCUCAACAACAGGCCUGCAUUUGGACUGGAAUUCUAAAUAAAAAGAGGAGACACGUGAGCUUGACCUGAAACUGGGCUAGAGGCCUUGAGGCCUGGGCGGGUUGGGGAAAUCAGAGGGAAGAGUUGCUGAACCUCCUGUAUCUGGCUGCUUCUGCGGUGACAGAUGGGGCCCUCCCAGUACCAGUGCACUGUCACCUCGACUGAAGGUUACUCCCAAACUGGAUUCCUCACCGUCUCUGAGCCCCAGAGAAGACAACCUAGACUAGGCCACCAUGUCACCAACACCCGUUCACUGAAAUUUGAGGGGUCUAAAUCAGCUGACAUGCCUCUCUUUAACCCCUGUGUUCAUUCUGCUACCAAACUGGUAAUUCUUCCUUCACCAGAUCACAUGUCACCCAACUUCUCUGUAUACUCACU